AUGUCGGCCUCGUCAGACCGCGACAACAAGCCAUCGUUGCCCAAGUUCGAGCCACUGCCGCCGACCAAUUUCCUCAACAGACUGAUCAAUCGCAUCCUCGCUCCGCUCUUCUAUCUGGUCUUCACCCUCAUUACCAGCAUCGUCGUCGUUCCGGUCUACGUCAUGAUCGACAGCUUCAGGCAUGGCCGCAGCAAGUCUGGCGGCGAGCGUGUCGCGAGGGACGAAUCCAGCCAGUAUCCAGGCCAAGCAGACAAGACCAACAAAGCCUCCAGCUUUCUGCGCGAGUAUGGACGGAGCUAUGGUGGGACGAGGAAGUCGGAGAAGACAGGAUAA